CAAAAAUUGAUCAACAAAAGCUUGGUAAAAUAGAGUUUUUGUGUUAUUUUCGAUAAGUUCAACAUAUCGUACGUAAUAUUGUGUAGUAUUCUUGUGUAUUGUGAAAUAGCGUCUGUAUAAAGACAAUAUAUAACUACGUAGUAGUGAGUGUCCUUGGAAAAUUAAUCGUACCAGGAAGUAGUCCUCAGUAUUUGCACAACUGGUGCCACAUGUAGUGUUUUUUAUAAAUCUAAUUAGUCGAAACAGGUGAAAAGACAGAUACAAAGCUUUGAUAAUUUCCACUUAAACGAAAAAGGGCAUCAUGAGAGAAAGAGGUAAUGAAAGCAGGCGCUUCAAAGUGCUAGUCUUUUGCGUACUGUUGGGCGUUUCGUGCCUGGUUCCGAAGGUCGAAGCAGUGAAGACAAAAAGUCGCAGCAAAAGCUCGUCUUCGUCAUCCUCUUCUGGUCGUGUUUCGAAACCUAGCUCGACCAGCUACAGUAAUCCGGGAAGUUUGAGCUACAACAACUACCAAGCGAAACCAGCCCCUGUGAAGCCCGCUCCGAAGCCAUCUGCUCCAGUGGAUACUUCGAACCAGCGCAAUAUUGGAUGGAAUGUGAACAAUCAGGCAAAACCAGCAGGUUCCGUUGCGCAGCCUGCUGCCAAUAAACCUCCCUAUCCGGUACAGUCUAAUGCAGCUAAGCCUCCGUACCCGGUACAGGCAACACAUAAUACACAUCAGACCCACUCGGCUCCGGGAGCUCCUCCGCCACCAUACUCCCAUGGACCACCGCCGCCAUAUUCGGCCGUGAACAAUCCUAACAUGAACUCACGCUUCAAUGAACAACCGCCAAUGUAUAGUCCAGGAAAUCAAGGUUUCCGACCGGGUCAACCAGGUUUUGGCCAACCGGGCUCGUACGGUCAACCCGGAGGAUUUGGUCAACCAAUGGGAGGAUAUGGAGGUUCUGGCUAUCAUCCUCCAGCAACUGGAUUCGGUGCACCCCAUGGCACAUUCCAGGGUGGUGGCUUUGCUCCACCGGUCAAUUAUGCUCCAGCACCUUCGUUCCCUGUGGCGGCCAUUCCGGUUGGUGCGUACAAACCGCAGAGCUCCGGAAUUGGUGUUGGUGGAAUUGCAGCUGGUAUUGGAACGGGUUUGAUAGCAGGAGCUGCUGGAUCGGCUCUGUACAAUGCGCUUCGUCCGGAGGAUCGUGGACGGUACCGUGAUAACGGUGUGACAAUCAUCAACAAUCAUGCACCAGCAGCACCAGCCGCACCAGCUGCACCGGCUGCCGGGGCAACUCCAGUGGAAGGAGCAGCACCAGCCCCGGUUCAAACUUCCGGUGUUGCUGCUGUACCGAAUGCACCUCCAGCAUCUGGUACCAACGGUCAAUCAGGUGUCCCAUUAGCUCCAAUGCCUGGAGCUGCCGAGCCCGAUAGUUCGAACCCAAUGUCUCAAGCACCUGUUCAAACUGCUCCCGCUGAAACGACCACCGUCGAUCCAAAUGCUAAGCAGUAUAUUCCACCACCGGGUCAGUAUUAUCCCGCCACCGGACAGUAUGUCCCACCGGGUGAAUACGAUCCAACAACGGGAAUCUUCACACCGGGACGGUACAUACCUGAGACGAACAUUUUCCAGUCGGGUUUGUACGAUCCACUGUCUCAAAUGUUUACUCCCGGCCGUUAUGACGCCAACGGACAGUUCAUCCCGGAUCCGGAACAUCCACCGCUGUCAUUGGCACCGAAUAAUAGUGCAGCUCCACCGGAAACAGUCACACCCGCCACUGCAUCACAGUACAAAACUACGAGUGGAGCCACCAUGCAGACGAUAUCGCUUUUAACGGCCCUUGGGGCAUUAAUCUUUUCGGGCAGCUUGCGUGUGAUUAUCUGUUUUUAAUUUCCGUCUAGUCCUUAGACUAUCGAUUACAAAUCGAUGAAUGAAGUAUUUGUACGUGCAUUUUGGUUAAUAGUUUUGCAAUAAUUUUUUUUUUUUAUAUUCAAAAAAGACGACUUGGUCGUAUCGCUCUUUAGAAACGGUUUAAGCAAAAUCUUUUAACAAUCGUUUUAGCCAUACAAUUAGCAUGAAUAAUCUCACCUGAAUUGUUCUUCUUCACUCACGCAGCUUCAGAGCAUAGCUGAGUUGUCUUUUAAAGGCAAAAUGGCCAGCAGCAGUUUUGUCUGCACUGUUGUGUACUGAAACACUUAUUUACGAUUUGUCAAGUUAACAUAGUUCAGGAACAUUUUUCGCUUCUGCCACAACUCAAGCGGAGAUUUCAACACAAAUUCUUUCGAUAUGUGAUCUGCUCAGACUAGCACUAGCUUUACUUCGGUUAUAGUAUUACAGCACGUGUGAUUUGAUUGGAGCUAUCAUCCUUAUCAAACGGUUUAUACUAUGAUUAUCUUAAAUACCUGUGUCUUUUGUUAACAUCACGUAUAUUGAAUUGAUAUAAAUUAAUAGGAACUGGCAGACACUGUACUAGAAAGUCUUUUACGCGAACGGAUCAGUAAUGGCAACAAUGCCUAGAAAAAUAGACGACUUGUUGGAUGUCUAAAUGUCUUAGGUGUCCCAAUCCCGAACUCCUUGAUUGUAAUCGUCAUUGUGAUGGCCAUUCUUCUUCUAUCUCAUGCUCUCUGGCAGUACAUGGCAGAGGAUAUUGUAAUUUCAGUGAUUAGAGUAUGACAUUUAAAUUGUAUACUGAAGGAUUUUCUCUAUUCCGAAUGAAGCCAACACAUCUAUAUACUCCAACCGGAAGAACCUUUACCACUCUCUUUACCUGUGCUGUACUUUAUUUCAGAAAUGUCGUGUCUUAAUGUUAGUAGCAUUUCAAGCGAACUAAUAAUGACCGGAUAUGUUUAUAUAGAGUAACGUUUACACCAGUGUAGAUUGUAAGUGACCACCGUAACAAUUACUAUACGAUGUUCUUGCAUUGUCAUGUCGCCAAAUCGAAGUAAAUUUGUAAAAGUUUUUUUUCUUUGUUCGAUAGAGCUAGAAAUAUUAUACAACUGUUUACUACACAACGUUGUAGUAAUGCAUAUUUGGGCCAUGAUAUAAAAAAAAACUAUCCUUAUCUUUUAAAAUAGCCUAGAUGGGGUAUUAAAAUUCAAAUUUAGAUUCCAUAUUGAGUGUAGUAUUGAGUGGCCCCAUAUGCCACGAGAGCAUUCGAUUCGCGAUUUAGCGUAGCUUGAAUCAAAACUACAACAAAAACAGAGGCAUGGGUUAUAUAUCUUUUAGAAUGCCAACUUUGAAUGGUUGACCACCAUCGUAUUAGUAUAUUAGACAGGUGACAUAGUACAGAAAGCACUAGCAGAUCGAAAGGGAAAGUAUUUUAAAAAACACUGUUUUUACCACAAACAUGCCUGCGCACUUCUGCAAGAACCAGUUCAAUUAAUUAUUUAAAUAUAAAAUUUUAUAUUGCGGUGAUAUUAAAACGCUUCGUGGCAAACACCAGAAUUGAAAGGCUUUUAAAAUUCCAUGAAAAAUAUUUUAUGCAACCAUCCAUGCCAUUUUUGUAAUCAGCACUUUGUUUGCUCACAGUGAGAGAAUGCAACAAUAAAAUAAAACUUGAU